CAGAAAUGUGAAAGACAUUCAUCUGUCUGCAGAGCAGUCAUGAGAAAGGCAUUUAACAGUGUGAUCCAGGUUCGAGCGUGCGUCCUGGAGCCCAGAGGAUGGGGACCCUGCUCUGCUUGGACCCGGAGGCUGACACACUCCUGCUCAGCACUGGUGUACAGAUGGCAUGGGGCACACUCUGAUGUGGUCAGAAUGGAGGAACUGCCCUUACCUGCUGUAGGCCAGAACAGUGUCAGACUGAAGAUGCUUGCGGCACCAGUGAACCCAGCUGACAUCAAUAUGGUCCAAGGGACCUAUCCCAUUCUCCCACCGUUCCCUGCUAUUGGGGGAAAUGAAGGAGUUGGUGAGGUGGUUGAAGUUGGCAGUGGAAUCACUUCGUUGAGCCUUGGGGACUGGGUGAUCCCUGUGGAUGCAGGUUUUGGAACGUGGAGGACGGAGGCGGUGUGUGACGCGGAUGACCUCAUCACGGUGCCCAAGGACAUCUCGCUGCUGGGAGCCGCCACCAUCGGUGUAAACCCAUGCACGGCCUACAGGAUGCUGCAGGACUUUGUGCACCUGCGGCCAGGGAACACUGUUAUUCAAAAUGGGGCCAACAGUGCAGUGGGCCAAGCAGUCAUUCAGAUUGCUGCAGCAAUGGGCGUAAAGACCAUCAACAUCAUUAGAGACAGACCCAACAGGUGGGAGUUGGUUGAAGAGCUGAAGUCAAUGGGAGCUGAUUACGUCGUGACAGAAGAGGAUCUGCAGAGCUCAGAGAUGGAGAAGAUAUUCAAAGAUGUCCCGAAACCAAAAUUGGGCCUGAACUGUGUUGGGGGACAAAGUGCUGGACUUCUCCUCUCCCACCUUGACAAUGGGGCCACACUAGUGACAUAUGGAGGAAUGGCAAAGAAACCACUUCCACUUCCAGCUAAAUUCCUCAUAUUUAAAAACAUAAACUUGCGGGGAUUCUGGAUGACCCAAUGGAAAAGAAACAACAGAGAAGACCUAACCCUCCUUCAGUCCAUGGUGGGCGCUCUCUCUGGCCUGGUGAGGUCUGGGCAGCUCUCCCCCUCUCCGUGCGUCCAGGUCCCCUUCAGCCUCUACAGACAGGCCCUGGAGGCCACAGUGAGCUCCCAUCAAAGGAAACACAUACUUCUCAUGUAGAGAGACGUGCACCCGCACGCCGACGCAAACAGAGAAUGCUCAAAAAAGGCCGUGCAUUCGUACAACCAGGGCAUGAAAAGAACUUUUUUCACCCACUGGCUGGUGGUGGGUGUUACUUUCACUGGUAUUUGGCUGGUGGUGGACGUUACUUUCACACCCUGCGUACAACGUAUAUACUUGAUGUGAUUGCACAGGAUGUAAAGUCUUAAAUUUGCACCAGUGAUUGAGUCCACCAAGUACUGCCCUCUAUUGUUCUGUUCCGACUGACCCACAACCACAAAUGAGACAUUUUAGAACAUGCACUCUGGCAAUAAAAGGCAUUGCUCUCUCAAGGCCAGCAUAAGCAUAGGUUUAUUUACAAAAAAAAUGUUUAGUGGUCAUUUCUUAAGAGCUCAGUACACAAAGGGGGCAUCUUUCAACACUCAUGUUCACAGUAUUCAGCACAAAAUGAAGGCAGGACAUGUUCUUGUCUUGAAUUGUCUUUCAGACAAUUCAUGAAAUGAGCUGGACCCAAAUACACUUUUUCCAUUUCAUUUCUCCAGUACCUCAUAGGUAAAUGUAUGUGUUCUAUUGCCCUUUUUUAAACACACAUAUUUCUCAAAAUAUCCCAGCUUAGGAAGGUACUAGGAUUUGCUGGAGAUCCAUGUUUAAAACUAUACCAUUCACAAAAGGUCAAUUUAAGACUGACGCUACAGUAAAUAGUAGCCAUUAUAAGUAAUCACAGGUUUAACUCAGAAAUGACUAGCUUUGAUUGUAUUUUUGCACUGUAACAUGUUCAGUGUUAAAUUGGCUCUUACAGAGUACAUAUGGUCUCUCCUGGACUCAUAUGUACUCUCUACGAGUUGAAUUAACACUGGAAAUUUUACUGUAUUUUCUUCUGAAGUGACACUCCCUCCCCCCCUCCACACGUUCUUGGCAGAUUGAACAUGUGGAUGAAAUGACAAGCCACGUCUGACUACCGGAAUGUUUUUUUUGGUUUCUUUUUUCUUUUUCUUUUUUAAAUGGCAGCUGAAAAUGAAUAUGGAAAAGUGCAUCGCUAUUGAAAAACUGGAGUGCCGCCAAACCCCACUGAACCAAUACACACAUGUAGUGAGAGUGCAUUUACAGGCCAUUUGCAUAACAGCCCAUUAAAUGUUGAAUGUCAUUUGGCAGAGAAUACUAAUGUAUCGAGGGCAGUGGAACUGAGAAAGGUAUCACAAUACAAUAAGCAACGGUGCUAAUUUACUUACUGUAGUGAAGACGCUUUAGGAAAUGUUCUUAUAACCUUUAAGCAGGUUAAAAAGGGAAAAUGGAUUAUUUCUGUAUUAUUUAUAUUUAAAAUGUUGUUAUGGAAUAAACCAACAUAAAAACCACUGAA